GCGGCGAGCUUCAAUGACGGCGGCGGGCUGAGCGCAUGCGUGGCGGCGGUGGCGGCGGCGGCGGCGGUGGCAGCGGCUCUGGCGGCGGGGCGGCGGGGAGUCACUACCCGCAGUUGCUAAGCUGCGGCGGCCGUGUCGUGAUGGUGUAGCGGGGCCUGCGGACGGGCGAGGCGGCCGGCGCGGCCCACGCCUCCCGAGCGGCUCGGUGCAGCGGCGGCACGCUGAGGGGGCGUCGCCGCCGCCGGCCCCCGGCGCCACGGGAGGCCGCGCCCGCCAUGGCUGCCCGGGUGGUACUGGACGAGUUCACGGCGCCCGCCGAGAAGGCGGCGCUGCUGGAGCGGAGCCGCGGCCGCAUCGAGGCUCUGUUCGGCGUGGGCCUGGCGGUGCUCGGCGCCCUCGGGGCGGAGGAGCCGCUGCCCGCGCGCAUCUGGCUGCAGCUCCGCGGCGCGCAGGAGGCUGUGCACAGCGCCAAGGAAUAUAUCAAAGGAAUUUGUGAGCCUGAACUGGAGGAGAGAGAAUGCUACCCCACGGCCAUGCACUGCAUUUUUGUAGGGGCACAGAGUCUGUUUUUAAAGAGCCUAAUUCAGGAUACUUGUGCUGACCUCUGCGUUUUAGACUUCGGGCUUCUUGGCAUCAGAGGAAGCGCUGAGGCUGUGGUCAUGGCCAGGAGUCAUAUUCAGCAGUUUGUAAAGCUCUUCGAGAAUAAUGAGAACCUGCCCAGCAGUCAGAAGGAGUCAGAAAUCAAACGGGAAUUCCGACAGUUUGUUGAAGCCCAUGCUGACAAUUAUACAAUGGAUUUGUUGAUUUUGCCCACUUCCUUGAAAAAAGAACUACUGAGUCUCACACAAGGUGAAGAGAAUCUGUUUGAAGCGGAAGAUGAUGAUGUCAUUAAAACUGGAGAUACUCAGCCUCCAGAGUUGAUGCAGAAUGCUGCCCCAGGACCGAGUAUUGCUAGAGAGGAAAGUGUUUUACAAGAAGAGUCCAGAAAUAAAGUUAGGACCCCUGUUUCUGAGCUCACAAAACAAAUGGAUGCAGUCUUUCCUAGCUCUGCAGAUGUGCUCUUUGUCCCAGUAAAUGGUCUAAAUCCAGAUGAAGAUGCACUUUCCACGGACAAAGUUUGUCACAAGAGGAGGUCUUCUGAUACAGAAGAAAGGCACACCAAGAAGCAGUUUUCCUUGGAGAAUGUUGUAGAAGGGGAGCUUCUGCAAGAUGGCAAGGCCUCAGAUGGAAAUGAAGUCCUUGACCCGUGUGACACUGCUGCUUCCAACUCUCCAAAUCUAAGCCCCGAUGGGAAAGACACGACGGAAGAAAUGGAGUACAGCAUCCUUGUAAACUUCUUCAGAACCAUGGGCUACUCCCAAGAGAUUGUCGAGAAGGUCAUCAAGGAGUACGGGCCUUCUACAGAGCCCUUACUGCUCUUGGAGGAGAUUGAAAAAGAGAACAAAAGGCUCCAAGGAGACAGAGUGUUUGCACCUUGCACUGUGUGUCCAGAUGCCGCUCAGAGAAGUGCAGGUGUCGGGAGCAGCACAAAUGAGCUCACAGCAGAUUCAACUCCAAAGAACACACAGAGUCACACAGAGCAAAACAUGGUGGAAAAAUUUUCUCAGUUACCGUUCAAAGACUCUAAACCAUGUACCUCAAAUUGCAGAGUUAAUUCGUUCAGAACAGGGCCAGUAGGACAGAAACAUGAAAUGUGGGCCUCAAACCAGAACUACAGUUGUAAUGUAGACCUUGAGACUGAUGGCCUCUCACCGUCUGUUGCCUCUUCCAGUCCUAAAGAAGUCAGCUUCAUUUCGAGGGGAGCUACAGGUCACCCCCAGAGAAGCCCAGCUGUCCCUGAAAAUGACUUUCAACAGCAAGUGGAACCCUUGCUUCCCAAUAAUGCGAAGGCUGCCUGUGAGAAACGUUCUGGCUGCUGUAGCUCUCCUCAGCCUAAGCCACACUAUUCCCCGCCACCGCUGCCCCAGCUGUUACCUUCAGCUACCGAUACACGAUGGGCAGGAGCCUUUGAGCAUAUGGAUUCCUCCGUUACGGGGGUUCAGAGAUUUCGAGAUACUCUGAAAACACCGUACAAGCUGGAAUUAAAAAAUGAACCAGGGAGAGCUGAUUUGAAGCACAUUGUUAUAGAUGGGAGUAAUGUUGCAAUUACCCAUGGUCUGAAAAAGUUCUUUAGUUGCCGUGGGAUAGCAAUUGCAGUUGAAUAUUUUUGGAAGCUUGGCAACAGAAACAUCACUGUGUUUGUCCCACAGUGGAGAACAAGGCGUGAUCCUAAUGUCACAGAACAGCACUUCUUAACCCAGCUCCAGGAGCUUGGAAUACUAUCUUUAACUCCUGCCCGGAUGGUCUUUGGAGAACGGAUUGCUUCUCAUGAUGACAGGUAUGAAGGGCUGUUUUCUUUCCCAAGGUGGGAGUGGGGUGGUGAGGAGCCAGCUGCCUGCCACGAGGCUGGUGUGCACUCUGAAGGGACCUGCUUGCUCAGUUUUAAAACUCGUGAUCAAAGUCACUACUAAGCUUAUAUACUCUGUGAGGUUAAGAAUGGCACAGAAGACACCAUUGUGUCAAGUUUGAGUUUAUUUAAUUUAGUAAAGUAUGUCUGAAGUGAGAACAGGCAGGUAUAUGUAGUUGGUUUUCCUGUUUUUUCCUCCUUGAGACAGUUUCACCCUGCCGCCCUGUCCUAUAAGUCACUAUGUCAAUCACAGAUCUGAGUGGAUCUCUGCAUUUCAGGCCAGCCAGGGUUACCUGGUGAGAUCCCACCUCCCAAAAGGAGGAAUUUGGAUUCCAAGCUUCCCUGGUGAUAUGUAGUUUUUGCAACUCUAUUCUGGUGUAAGUAGUGACAAGCGUGGUGUCUGUUGCCCUUGGCCUGUUUGCCCCUUCUCUGCAUUGUUCUGUGCGUUCCCACCCCUUCCAGUGAAGACAGUGCCACACUGCUAUGUGCUGGAAUGGGGAAGAGGGGAUCUAGGAGCACUGCAGACAUUCCCUCACCGAUAGGAAAGAGAUGAGCUUAGAUGGGGGGCAUUCAAGGUACUGUCAAAGAGCGGUGUGAGGAGAGCUGAGGGAGGGCAGCGCACGGGUUGGGAGCUUUCCUGGGAAUCUGUCCUGGAAGGGCAGUUCUUGUCCGCAUCGUCACAGGCUCAGGAACCCCGAAGCGCUUGGGUGGAAAAGCAAGUAGGUCAGUAGGCACAGGAAAAGCCUUCAGGCCUCUACCACCACAGCUUUUUUCUCACAGCCAAGGGAUUCGAACCUAGGAACAGGCGUGCAGAUGAAACUUCCUCUUGGUUUACGUUGCUCUCUAGGUUUCAGAGAGUAUAGUUGUGUGUCCUGGUGGGAAGCCUCACUAUCUGCUUUUAUUGACAGCGCAUAGCACCG